GGGGCAGCGCGUGCAGGCGUCCGGAAGAGGAGACAGAGCUGCUCUGGCCUUAGAAGUGAGGAGCGGAGUGACCGCUGGCAAGAUGGCAGCAGAUGAAGGUGCACAGGACACCUUACGUCUCCAGUUCAAGGCCAUGCAGGAGAUGCAGCACAAAAGGUUACAGAAGCAGAUGGAGAAACAGAAGGAAAAGGAACUGAGCCUCAAAAUCAAAGUCGAUGACCAAAAAGAGCCCUUGGAGAUUUCCGAUGGCCUCAGCCUUCUCCAACCUGGGGAUCAAAACUCGAAAAACAGCUUUGAGCAGAGGAUGCUUGAAGAUGAGAUUGCACACCUUCGAGAACAGCUCAGGGAGACGGUGGAUGAAAAUGGGCGAUUGUACAAGCUGCUGAAGGAAAGGGACUUUGAAAUCAAACAUCUCAAAAAGAAAAUAGAAGAGGACAGAUUUGCCUUCACAGGCACAGCCGGUGUGGCCGGGGAUGUGAUUGCCACCAAAAUCGUCGAGCUGUCCAAAAAGAACCGGGUGCUGACAGCAGAGUCAGAGGGCGCGAAAAGCAGAGUGAAGCAGCUGAGCAAUCGUGUCCAGGAGCUGGAGCAGGAACUGCAGGCGGCCCUGGCCAGGCUACCAGCCAAGGCAGCCACCGAUGCGGGAGCCAAAGCGUCGAGGGCUCAGAUGGGAGACAGAGCCUUGCCAGAGACCCCAGAGGUGAAGGUCUUGCAGGACAGGCUGACGGCCACAAACCUGAAGAUGAGUGACCUCCGCAACCAGAUCCAGUCUGUGAAGCAGGAGCUCCGGAUGGCCCAGAAGGUUUUGACCAGCGAGGUCGGGGAAGAUGUGAAUGUCCAGCAGCUCCUGUCCUCCCCGGGGACCUGGAGGGGCCGGGCUCAACAAAUUCUCGUGUUGCAAAGCAAGGUUCGCGAGCUUGAGAAGCAGCUGGGACAGACCCGAAGCCAGUCUGCAGGAAUAUCCCAUGACAAGCCGCCUGUUGGUCCGGACCCAAGGAAGCUAUCGGCACAGGAGAAAAACCUGCUGAGGAUCCGCAGCCUGGAAAGGGAAAAACAGGAGGGCUGGGAGGACCAGCUGAAGCAGCUCCAGGAGAUUCUGGGCAGCCUGAGUCUGCAGGAGGAGAAGACCCGGGCGUCGCAGCACCAUCUGGACCAGCAGGUCAACAGUGAGGCUCAGCAGAGCAUCAGCCUCAUCACCCAGCUGCGGGCCAUGGUGGCUGAGCGGGAGGCCAAGGUACAGCAGCUGGAGUUGGAGAUUGGCCAACUCAAUAUGCAGUAUCUUCAGAAUAAAGAAGUGGGCAAGGGGUCCGGUGGGACUGAGGUCAACCCCGCCUACACCAAGUUCCUGGAGGACCCUGGCCAGCCCAAGCCCCCAGCCUCAGCAGGCGAUCACGUUGGCAGGCUUGGAUCUUCUCGCUCCGUGACCAGCCUGGGCCACACGCUGGUGGAAUCUGCUCUCACGUGGCCUUCUCUGCCCAGUCCUCAUGGGGCCUCACCCAGGUUCUCAGACUCCCCCGAACAGAAAGGCUGGCAGGCACAGGUGGCAGAGUUCAAGGCCCUCUGGCAGGCCGCUGAAGUGGAGCGUGACCGGCUUACCGAGUUUGUCACUGUCCUGCAGAAACGGGUGGAGGAGAGCAACAGCAAGCUUCUGGAAUCAGAGAAGAAGCUGCAGGAGGAGCGGCAACGCAGCGUGGUGCUGGAGCAGCAUCUGGAGAAGAUGCGCCUGGAGCCUGGGAGGACGUCAGUCAGUCAGAGAGCAGCCCCCAGGAGCAAAACAGGUCUGCCCACUUCCAGCACCAGGCACAACCCGAACAGCAGUGAAAGGAAGGACCCAUCCUUCACCCAGCUCUCCAAUGUGCCCAUGGAAUCACAGAUGGAGGAGCUGACCACCAGGCUGGCCAUCCAGGUGGAGGAAAACGAGAUGCUGAAGGCUGCCCUGGGCAGUGCCCUGCGUGGAAAGGAGGAGGAUUUCCGAAUGUACCACGAGACCCUGGGCCAGGUGAAAGGGGUCUUUCUGCAGGCCCUGCGGCAGCAGAAGGCAGACACUACUAGGAUGGUGGCCCGGUGUCAGCCUGGUGGGACGGGGCAGCCUUAGGCCCAGAGAGGACUGCUCCUGCUCCCAGAAGCCAACCUGGGCAACCAGCUCAGCCCCUUCUCCCGGAAGAGGUUCCCCAAGGGUGAGCAGAGCCAACACCUCAGACCAGGAGGGCAAAGGAGAAGCCUUGGCGGAGCCCUGGAGGCAACCCUGGACAGGCCGGGCAAUGGCAGGGGAGGAGGCCCGGCGACCUGCUCAGCACCAGCGAGAGCUCUGGGACGAUAAGCCGGCUGUGGACAGACAGAUGCAGCCCCUGGGUCAGGUGCUCUCGCCCCACUUGGCCUCGGGCCUAGCUGGGAGGCCCUGCAGGCCCACAGGCCUCCAUCGGCCCAGGAUGAGCCUCCCGCAGCCCCACCCACCUGCCUCAUCAGGGCAUUACCCCCACCUUCCCCCAGCU